CCCAAAGUCUCUCUCUCUCUCUCACACACACACACACACACAGAGAAACACACACAUUUCGCGUGUUUCAGUAUACAUUCACAAAACCCCCAGAAAAUUUAGGAAAAAACGUUCAAAAAAAAAUCCCCAAAAAAUCUAAACAGCGAAUCCGGACUUCUCUUGCUUCUUCGGGAAGUCCAAGCAAAAAAAGAAAAAAAAAUUAGGAAAAUGGGGUGCUCCGAGAGAUCAAAAGCAGCAGUUUUGCUUGGGUUUUCGCUGCUAAUUCUGGCGGAAUUAGCGGCGGGUCGGUUUGUGGUGGAGAAGAACAGUUUGAGGGUGAUUUCGCCGGAGAGUAUUAAGGGAAAUCACGAUAGUGCCAUUGGAAACUUCGGAAUUCCUCAGUAUGGGGGAAGUAUGUCCGGCACCGUGUUGUACCCAAAGGAUAAUAAGAAGGGAUGCAAAAAUUUUGAUGAUUUUGGGAUUUCGUUCAAGGCUAAGGCUGGUGCUUUGCCUAAUUUUGUUCUUGUUGAUCGUGGAGAUUGCUUUUUCGCAUUGAAGGUAUGGAAUGCCCAAAACGCCGGUGCAGCUGCAGUACUAGUGGCAGACAACCUCGACGAAGCACUGAUAACAAUGGACACACCCGAAGAGAGCGGUGCAUCUGCAAAAUACAUCGCAAACAUAACAAUCCCAUCUGCACUAAUCGACAAAAGCUUCGGCGAAAAGCUAAAGAAAGCAGUCACCGAUGGUGAAAUGGUCAACGUAAAUCUCGACUGGAGAGAAGCUGUACCCCACCCCGACGACCGAGUGGAAUACGAGCUGUGGACUAACAGCAACGACGAGUGUGGAGUUAAAUGCGAUAUGUUGAUGAAUUUCUUGAAGGAUUUCAAAGGUGCUGCCCAAGUUCUCGAAAAAGGCGGUUACACUCAGUUUACGCCUCACUAUAUAACUUGGUAUUGCCCUCAGGCGUUCACUGUUAGCAAACAGUGCAAGUCUCAGUGUCUUAACCAUGGUAGAUAUUGUGCGCCGGAUCCUGAAGAGGAUUUUAGCUCUGGUUAUGAUGGGAAAGAUGUGGUUCUUGAGAAUUUGAGGCAGUUGUGUGUUUUUAGAGUGGCGAACGAGACGCAGAAGCCGUGGGUGUGGUGGGAUUACGUUACGGAUUUCCAAAUUAGAUGCCCCAUGAAGGAGAAGAAGUAUAAUAAGGAUUGUGCUGAGGGUGUUAUUAAGUCUUUGGGGCUUGAUCUGAAAAAAAUUGAAAAAUGCAUGGGAGACCCCGAUGCCGAUGUGGAAAAUCCUGUUUUGAAAGAAGAGCAGGAUGCCCAAAUUGGAAAAGGAACACGUGGUGAUGUAACCAUUUUACCUACACUCGUUGUGAAUAGUCAUCAAUAUCGAGGGAAAUUGGAGAAAGGUUCUGUUUUGAAGGCGAUAUGUGCUGGUUUUGAGGAAACUACUGAGCCAUCAGUUUGUUUGAGUGGUGAUGUAGAAACGAAUGAGUGUUUGGACAAUAAUGGUGGGUGCUGGGAAGACAAGACAACUAAUAUUACGGCUUGCAAGGACACGUUUCGAGGAAGAGUGUGUGAAUGCCCUGUGCUUAAUGGUGUGCAGUUUAAAGGAGAUGGUUACAGAUCUUGUGUUGCAAGCGGGCCCGGGAGAUGCAAAAUAAGUAACGGAGGCUGUUGGCAUGAAACAAAAGAUGGGAUAACUUUCUCUGCUUGUGUGGAUAACGAGGAGGGAAAAUGCCAAUGUCCUCCAGGAUUUAAAGGUGAUGAUGGUGCUAAAAGUUGCGAAGAUAUUGACGAAUGUAAGGAGAAGAAAGCCUGUCAAUGCCCAGAUUGCAGCUGCAAAAAUACUUGGGGAAGUUACGAGUGCACUUGUGGAGGGGACUUGCUAUAUAUUAGGGACCACGAUACAUGCAUAAGUAAAAGGGCUAGUGAGGUGAAGUCUGCUUGGACUGCUGUUUGGAUUAUUUUGCUCGGAUUGGGUAUGGCUGCCGGUGGUGCUUAUCUCGUGUACAAACAUAGGUUAAGGUCAUAUAUGGAUUCGGAGAUCAGGGCUAUAAUGGCGCAAUAUAUGCCUCUAGACAGCCAAAAUGAGGUUCAAAAUCACGUAAACGAUGAACGUGCUUGAAAAUGACGCUCAAUCAUUAUUCUUCUCUAAGGGGGGUGAUGCGGUGACUCGUUGUACUUACCUUUCUAUAUCCAACAGAAGGUUUUUUGAGGUAGAAAUUCAAUAAUUAUGAAAUGAUUUGUUGGAAAUGUAGGUGUUAAAUAUACAAACAUGUCGGAGUCAGAACCGUGUUUUCGGGGCACUUAAGAAACACAAAAAAAAAAAGAAAAAAAAAAUUGAUUAGGGGUCGAUACAUGUAUGUUGUAUCAUGUGACAGGUGAUGCCUCCCUAAUUUAAUCGAAGAGCGUGUAAUGAGGUGCGUUUAUUUUUUUUUUUCUUUUUUUUUUUUAAAUGUAUCUUCGUCGUGAUUGCAUGUUUUCUUGAUGAAGGGACAGUCAAACAUUAUUAUUAGUUGUUAGAAAUUAUGUACCGUUAUUUAAUGGUUUUGUUCCUCGUGGAAUGAUGUUUAAAUGUCGUCAUCAUGAUUUUUUUUUAGUUAAUAAUGUGUAAUUCAGGAGGAGUAAUGGUUGUAUUUUCGUUUUCGGAACAUGCAAAGAUAAUGUCUUUUUUUUUUUUG